AUGAGCGAGGCCAGCCGCGUGUGCUCAGGCUACUACAGCCUCAACCACAGCUUCGUGGAGCCCUUCCAGUGCCCCCGGCGCGGUGAGGGGGCCACUCUCCGCUACUGCUGCGGCUUCGCCGACCUCAAGUACUGCUGCGGCGAGCCGGGUAGCUACUUCCCCUACAAGCACAGCUACAUGUGGAGCCUCAGCAUUGGUGCCCUGAUUGGAUUGGGAAUUGCUGCCCUUGUUUUACUUGCAUUUGUCAUCAGCGUCUGUGUCCUUUGCUAUUUAUUUCUGUAUACAAAACCUCAGAGAUUAGAUAAUGGCCUUAAACUUCAACAUCUAGAGACUUCUUCCAUUCAAAAAGGCAACUCAAACAGAAAAACCAAACUCCCAAAUUCAAAUGUCGCAUCAAAUUCAACAAAUGAAACAUCCUAUGAAGCUGAUGAUAUAAUUCAAGAAAAAACAAUGGACACAGCACAAAUCAACAUUGGUUAUUAACUAAAAUUUUCAUGUUGUGCAAGUUCACUGGAGAGACAGAACAGUACAAAUAGUGAAUUUCAAAUAUAGCGUAUAGCUACUUUUCAAAAAUUUGCCAUUCACAAAGCAAGACAGCCACAUUUUUGAUCCUUCAACUAAUUUAUUAAAUACCCACUAAGGUUUAUGGUAAAUUUUCAUGUGCAUAAGUUUACUUUUAUUUGCUAAAUAAU